UCAUAUCAAAACAAAACGAACUAUUUUUAUUACUAAAAUUGUGUUCGAGUUUUACAAUACAUGGAAUACUUUUAAUAUAUUUUUACAUUCACUAAAUAUGAAUAAUACGAAUAUGUAUGGCUGGGGUGCCAAUUCUCACGGCCAAUUGGGACUGGGCUUUUCUUCGGAAAUGUGUGAAAGUCCGCAACUUGUUGAAUCUCUUCCAUUCAGUACGGAUCAAAUUGUGACGAUAGGUGCCGGUGGUGGCCAUACACUGAUAUGCACCGUUGACGGUCGAUUAUUCUCAAGCGGUUGGAACAAUCGUGGGCAACUGGGCCUAGGCCAUACGGAUGAUGUUAGUCAAUUCACACUUGCGGGGCAGUACAGUUUUGUAUCAGUCAUCUGUGGCUGGGAUGUCUCGGGAGGAAUUACCGCUCAGGGAGAACUGUACCUGUGGGGGUCAAACGUGUGGCUGCAAAUUGCCGAUAAAGGUGUAAAAUUUUACACAACACCCACCAAAUUGGACCUACCAGCAGGCGAGAAAGUGAAGAAAAUAUGUUUCGGAUUGAGACAUACUUGUUUAUUAACGGAGGAUGGCAGUUUGUUAUUGCUGGGAAAAUCCAAAUGGCUGCAAAAUGAGGGCUUGCAGAGCAUAGAUUUUGGUGGAAUAGAUUUUUACGCUUUGAGAUUCUCCGCAAAGAUCGACGAUGUUGUAAGUGGCGAGAAUCACUUAGUUAUUCUGGUGGGAAGGACAACGAUAGUAUGCAGAGGCGAUGAUAAAUUUGGCCAGUGCUUAAAAGGAGUAGAUGUCAACCCUCACAAACAGGAGAUCAUAAAACUGCAAGCGGGCUGGUCGCACUCGGGUUAUUUGACAAACAACGGUCAGGUUUACCUGUGGGGUCGAAAUAAUUAUGGCCAGCUGGGCGGGGUAGUGGAUACAAGUCGUAAUGGACCGUCAUUGUUGAAUGUCGAAAGUGAUGUACGAGAUUUUUGCCUGGGAUCGCAGCACGGAAUUGCCAUCGCAGAGGAAGGUGUCCACGCUUGGGGCUGGAACGAGCACGGCAACUGCGGUACAGGAAAUAACGAAAAUGUAUGGGCACCAACCAGAAUGAAACAUUUGAAGUCUAUUGAUACUGUUGUCUCUGGAGCAGCGUUUUGCUUCGCAUUGCAAAAAAGAUAAUUUUUGUCCAGCAACAAUGGAACACAAUCAGGUUAACUGUUUGCUUGGUGAUUGUCUGAGUGCUUGAGAAAGUUUAAUGCCCAAUAAUUAGAGCGAAACGUAAGAAGAAUCUAAAGUUGUUGCUAGCAAGAGGUUACAUUUAUGGAUAUAACAAGGCUUCAUUUAUAGACAUAACAAGGCUACAUUUAUGGACAUAACAAGGAGCACAAGUAAUACAAAUAUUUGUAAAUAAUGAAUUUGUAAAUAAAACAGAAUAGAUAUAUUC